GCCAGAGAGAGAGAGAGAGAGAGAGAGAGAAAGAGAGAGAGGAGAGGGAAGCGGGGGUAGAGACACCAGCAGGUGCUGAGGAUAGAAACACACAGGGUGCCAAGGAAAAGCGAGGUUAUCAGGGAAAAGUAUGUGAAUAGAUAAAACUAAAUACCAAAAAAUAGUCAGAGAUAAACUAUGAUGCAAUCCUAGUUUUUUCCUAAGCUGGAGCCCACUUAUAUUCAGACCCCCCCCCUCCCCUCCACGCUGAGCUCGUUACCCUCCUUUCCUCAUACGGAUUCUCCCUCCUCCUCCUUGCUAUUCGUCUUUGACGGACAGCCACCAUGGACACCGGGAGCCCCAGGAAGAUACAGUUCACCGUCCCCCUGCUGGACACCCACCUGGACCCAGAGGCAGCAGAACAGAUCAGAAGACGCAGACCGACACCGGCCACGUUAGUGGCAUCCAGUGAUCAAUCAUCACCUGAAAUAGAUGAAGAUCGGCUCCCAAACCAGUUGUAUAAGGCUGCCUUGUUGAACUCCCCUCGACAACGUCGAAAAGGGCCCAAGGGAACACCUACAAUGAAAGAGCUUCAGUUCAUGGUAGAGCAUCACCUGUACAGGCAGCAGCAGGGAGCCGGGGACGAGUGCUCCUCCGAGAGCUGCCUGUCGGACCGGCCCAGCCCGGACUCCUUCCCCGCCGGCGAGGAGCUCCCGCACGACGACGAGGCCACUGCAGAGGCCUUUGAGAAACUGCGCUGCCAAAUGGAGGAGUUCUCGAGGGAGAGUUUAUUAGAAGCUGCUGGCGGACUCGAGUGCCCCCUCUCCGAGCAGGAGGCCGAGGAUCGCUCCGCCGUUGCCAGCGUAGCAGAUCCCUCGUCGCAACAAAACAACGCACGACCAGACACAAAAGCAGCAGCAUCCGCACCAAAUCAGCCGGCACAGGAGAAGACAAAGAAAAGCAGCAUGAAGAAAGGGAAGUAGAGCGGCAACACAAAGCUGCUGGCUCGUCUCAGCCAGCCUCACGCGUUGAAGAAGAUGUUGUCCGCAGAUCCACUUUGUUGAUGGAGCAUAUCAGGACGUCGAUGUUCUUCUACGGUCAGGCCUCAGUUACCAUCCAAGAGAACAAGAGCCGGGUUCUACACUUAUUAUGUGUGAAAAACUACACUGCUUAGGACACACGCGCAUUGGUCAAAGGCAAAAAAAAUUCCAUCCACCAUCCUUUUAGUUUUUGUCAUGAUGUGUCAUGACUCCUUAAAUUAUUGUUUCAUCUCACACCAAUACAAUUGUAUUUGUACCUCAAAUAAGUUUAGUCAUUUUUAAUUAGCUUGUUUUGGUUUCUUGAUUGAACGGCUAACUGGAUUGGAAAAAUCAAACAAAACAAAUAAUUUCAUAUUAUUUUAUUGCUGCAACAUGUAGAGCAUCAACUAUUAGUCAAUUCAUCACUUAGCAGAGACAUUUUGAGAAAAUAUCUUGACAUUCCGCACAUUUUCUUUUCUAAAUUUCAUUUUUGGACUCUUAGGUGGACAAAACAUUGGACAUUUGAAAACCCCCAUCUCCAAAUUUGUAAUCUCCACCUAAAGCAAAAACCUCAUCAUUCCGAUGGCCAGAGCAAAGCAAGCAACACAACACAAGAAGUUUCGCAGCAACCUACUUUCCUGCAAACCUCAUACACGCAAACACACGUCUUGUCCUGUUGUUUUGCUCGUUGGACGAGGGACCAAACUUAAACACAAAGGGCAAAUCUGCUUUGGCAAAGUUAGAAAGUGAUAUCAGUUUGACUUGACAGUAGGGAGUAAUUAUUCCUAAUAUCCUUAUUCACCUCAAUGAUGUGCAGGUGCCAUUUGUACAUUUGUGGUUAAAGUAUUACACUCAGAGCCAAAAUGUAUAAAUCGCACUCGAAUGUUUUUCUGGAAAUUAAAUGCUGGUCAUAAACCACUUUUCUGCAUGGCACUGAAUGUACAGGGACUUUUUCUGUAGUAUGCUUUCUUUUUAUAGGGGAACUUAUUUUAACAAAACUAAAAAUUGAAAAUACCAGAAGCGAUUUAUUGACUUCGAAUAAUUUAAUCUAUUAAGUUGUCAACUCCGUCUUUUCUGUUAUUAGUAUCACUGAAGUGGCAUUAUUAUUUAGACUUUGUGACAAUCUUUUCAUGACUUUCACGUUAAUACUUGACAUGCCUGAAAGGAAUUAAACAGAAUGAAACAGCAAAAUAAAGCCUACGUAGUAUUGAUCCAAAUAAUGACUACAAUGAACAAAAAAAUACAAUAAAAACAUUCCUGUGCAAGCUU